AUGGGCAAUUCUACUCCUUCCCUCGCGUUUUCUUCCAUUUUCAUCCUCCUCACGUCGCUCAUCUCUACAGGCACAGAAGCGAUCGGUGUCUGCUAUGGAGAUCGUGGCGACAACUUAACAAAUAUUCGAGACGUAAUUAAGCUUUACAAAAGCAAUCACAUUGGCAAAAUAAGGAUUUACUCACCAAAUGAGGCCGCUUUAGACGCCCUGAAAGGCUCAAACAUACAUGUCAUGUUGGACAUUCCUAGUGACCAGCUUCAAUAUCUUGCUUCUUCUUUCGCUGCAAAAACUUGGGUCCAAACGUAUAUCCAAUCCCGAGUUCAAGACGUCAAGUUUCGAUGCAUUGCUGUCGGGAACGAGGUGUUCUCGACCGACCCAAAAAAUGCUCCGUUCGUCCUUCCCGCCAUGCAGAGCAUUUACAAUGCACUUGUAGAGGCUAAUUUGCAUGAAAAGAUAAAGGUUUCCACAGCCAUAGACACAGGACUAUUGGAUCAAGCUAGGUCAUUUCCUCCUCAAGCAGGCUCAUUCAAUGUGGCUGCAUACCAAUUUAUAAACCCAAUUGUUAGCUUUCUAGCUCAAAUUCACUCCCCACUUCUAGCCAAUGUGUAUCCCUAUUUUGCCUAUGCUAAUGACCCCAAUGUCCAACUUCCCUAUGCUUUAUUCAAUUCACCACCGGACGGUUUCGUGAGGGACGGUAGUCUCGUGUAUGAUAACCUUUUCGAUGCGAUGGUCGAUACGCUCUACGCUGCUCUCGAGAGGUCAGGUGGAAGAGACGUGUCGAUUGUGAUAUCAGAGACUGGUUGGCCAUCGGCCGGUGGUAAAGGUGCGACGAUUGAGAAUGCAGGCACCUAUUACAACAAUCUUCUCAAUCAUGUGAAGAGUAGGAAAGGGACACCAAAAAGGCCGGGAAAAGACAUCCAUGUUUACCUCUUUGCCAUGUUCGAUGAAAAUUUGAAGGGUCCUCAAGAAGUCGAGAAGCAUUUUGGGUUGUUCACGCCGAGCAAACAACCCAAGUACCAACUCGACUUCAAAUGAUAUCGAUCUAAGCUAACCCUUAUGGCCUAAUAUGAAUAAAGAGGCCUCUUGGUGGUAGCCCUAACACGUUUAGUUGCUACUUAUCGUUUACAUUUUAAUGUUUGAGAGUAUUGUGUAGUUGACAUACUACGAGAAGAAUGUUAUGUUCAAGAAAUAGUAUGAACGCCUCGUCGC